GCGAUUUGCAUUGACACGUAACUGGGAUACGCCGAUAUCCGGGAAGUAAACAUUUCACAGAGACUGCAUGAGAGAUGGACCGCAUCGCAUCAGAUACAGAAACCGAUGAUUAUGAGCAGCCUUUGCUUCAACGGAAAAACGACGACGUAAAAAGAGCUCCUGUGCUAUGCUCUUCACGCUAUGGCCUGGCUUUACUGUCCUGUUAUGGCUUCUUUGUGGCAUACGCACUGCGGGUGAAUCUCAGUGUGGCCAUGGUGGAUAUGCUGAGGAACAGUAGCAGCAGUACCAAUGUCAGUGGUUCUGUGUGCCCACGGCAUGCCAGUCCGGCACGGCCCAUACACAAUCAUACAGCCAGUGUUUAUGACUGGGACUCAGAGACUCAGGGCUGGAUCUUGGGCUCCUUUUUUUAUGGCUACAUCGUCACUCAGAUACCAGGUGGCUACGUGGCACGCAAAUAUGGUGCCAAGUGGCUGCUGGGCUUCGGCAUCCUGGGAACUGUGAUUUUCACUCUGCUGACGCCUGUGGCUGCAGACCUAGGAGCUGGUUAUCUCAUUGCAGUCAGGGUACUGGAGGGUAUAGGAGAGGGAGUGACAUUUCCUGCUAUGCAUGCUAUGUGGGCUUCCUGGGCUCCACCCUUGGAGAGGAGUCGACUGCUUACUAUCUCUUACGCAGGAGCCCAACUUGGCACGGUAGUUGCUCUUCCCCUAUCUGGUCAGAUAUGUUUCUAUCUGGAUUGGACAUAUGUGUUCUAUAUAUUUGGGGCUAUUGGGCUACUCUGGUUUUUCCUGUGGGCUUUACUGGUCAGUAACAAUCCCGACACACACAGAAGGAUAUCAGAGAUUGAGAAGACCUACAUAAAAGCUUCAUUAAAAAAGGAGCUGUCUCCAACUUCAGCCCACAUCCCCUGGAUAUCCAUUCUUACAUCUCUUCCAUUAUGGGCCAUAGUUGUUGCACACUUCUCCUACAACUGGACAUUUUACACAUUGCUGACUCUCUUACCCACCUACAUGAAUGACAUUCUGGGCUUCAGCAUUAAGGAGAAUGGGAUGCUUUCUGCUCUGCCAUACUUGGGCUGCUGGCUGCUGUCUAUGGGAGGAGGCCAGUUAGCUGACUACUUGAGGGAGACCUGCCUUUUCCACACUGUGUCUGUGCGCAAGGCCUUCACUAUAAUUGGUAUGGUGGGACCAGCUGUGUUCCUGGUGGCAGCAGGAUACACUGACUGCAACUACACUCUGGCUGUUGUUUUUCUCACUGUCUCCUCAAGUCUGGGAGGCUUUUCAGCAUCUGGCUUCAACAUCAAUCAUCUUGACAUUGCACCAUCGUAUGCUGGAAUAUUGCUAGGAAUCACAAACACAUUUGCAACUAUACCUGGCAUGGUGGGUCCUGUGAUUGCGAGAUCAUUGACCAAAUCUAACACUAUUGCUGAUUGGCGAACAGUCUUCUUUAUCUCAGCGGGGAUAAAUCUGUUCGGUGCUGUUUUCUACACUUUGUUUGGAAAAGGUACAAUACAGCCCUGGGCCGUCCAGAGAGUAAAUAUAGAAUAAAACAAUCUCUUAUAGGACUGAAGAACACUAUUGCAUGAAGAAUUCAUGGGAUGGAUUCAUAUGAUUCUGUUUGAAGAUUUGAGUACUGCUGAUUAAAUGAAACUGGUUUUGUUAAACAA